GCUUAUUUGUAUAUUUUCUCUAUUCUUUGGUGAGAUAAAUCCUCGACAAGUUGAGAAUAUGUGUCAAGCAUGAGCUCGGUUGCGACAGCUUGUCCUCGCAGCCUAGACCAAGGUGGGUUCAUGCAUGCCCAAUGACAAUGGAUAUGCCAUAUGCAUGGUUUGUGACUGGAGUAUGAGAUGAGAUGUACGGCGUACUUCCGAACAGGAUGCUUCCGAAAACACGUGCAACGCAAGGAAAACUCAAAUCUGCCUCAUCAUGCUUUUAUUGCCUUGCCAUCACCAAAAAAAGAUUGCAAGCUCGAGAAAGUCCCGCGACCUACUACUCAUUUUAGACGUUUCUCCGGGUUUUGUUGCGCAUUUAUUGGCAUGUGCACUUCAAAUCAGUCAAAAAAGAACGCUGAUGAAACUAAGUUUCAAAUGUCAAACAGUUGGCAAGUGAAAAUCACCAGAUGUAGACGCAGCCUGUAGUGACUGUGGCGACCUUCGAGCAAUAUUUGAGAUGUGUGGGCUCAGUUGACCAUCUUAUUCCGCCCGCAGGGUUUCUAAUAUCUUGCGAAUUACGGCAAGUUGUGGAGCGGC